UGCCAGCUGUUCACUGUGUGGAGCAGGCGAUCGGGGGUUGGCUUAUUUUGAUUUUAUUGCUUGAAAGCCUCAGGCCGAGAAGGAGGAAGUUGCGGUUCAUUGCUCCGUUCAGUUCUGCACGUACAGCGGCGCGCGUCACGUUAACCCGCGUCGUGACCGGGCGCGUUCGUUACACGCGCCGUCGCGUCUUCUUGUAUUCUUUCUGCAACAAGUACGGGGGCUCGACGUUCGCUCCAGCUGACAUUGACGGCGGCUGAUCUGGAUCUGCGGACGCGAACAAACGCAACAACAGCUCGGCCCAUUGGUCCAGCGCUGCGCCGCGAGCUGGUGACGUAAGCGGAGCGCCUAUCCGCGCGGGGGACACUGACACCUGCUCCGUUUCUUGACUCGCCGGGCUCCCCCCUCCCCCCCUCCCUCUCAUCACGACCACUUCGCUUCUGCAGUGCAGACGCUGCUGCUGCGUUUUAUGGAAGCGGAGUCCGUGCAUCCUGUCGCGGUCAUGUUGCCCCCCAAGAACUGCCUUCCGAGGAACUACAGCUGCAUAGCGGGACUGUUCGGAAGCCUGACGGCCGCCAACCCGCGGCUGGAAGACGGGGAAGAUGCUGACAUGGUGAACGGCACCUGCGAGCCCGUCGAGAGUCCCGUCGUGGACGAGAGACCGCGGGGCAGAGAGGCUUUCCUCAAGCCCCAGAGUCCGAACCUGCGUCGGAGAUGCAAGUCGCUGCCGACGCCCACCGAGAGGGCGAAGUUGGAGAUCAGCCGCAGCAGAAGUCCAACCAGCCAGAAGAAAGUCCGCUUCGCCGAUUCUCUCGGCCUGGAGCUCAUUUCCGUGAAGCAUUUCGACGAUACAGAUGUGCCAGAGGUGCCGGAGCGCAUUCUGGCGAAGCUGCCCAAAGGACCCCUCCAGUUCAACCACCUGAACACCAAGUUCCCCCGCGCGCCCUCGCAGUCCGUGUUCAUGGAGUUGCAGUUCACCAACCCGGGCACGCUGCCGGGCUUCGAGCAGACAGUGAGGGAGGUGAAGGUCCUGUUGGAGAGCGUCGAAGCCGACGAAUUCAGCCUGUCCGGGUUCGUGCGCGUCCUCAACCUGGCUUUCGAAAAGAGCGUCUCUUUGCGGUAUUCCCUCAACAACUGGAUCACGUUCAUGGACAGUUUGGCGUCGUACGUCCCCGACUCCAGCGACGGCGUCACCGAUAAGUUCCGCUUCAAGAUCGUCAUGCCCACGUACCUCGACAACGGAGGCACGCUGCAGUUCGCCAUCAAGUACUGUGUCGGCGGGCGAGAGUUCUGGGAUAAUAACCAUGGCAACAACUACAAAGUGCGCCAUCACAGGUUCAAGAUGUCCCCACCUCGGGAAUGGGAGAACGGAUGGAUCCACUUCAUCUGAGCUGCGCCGCCUGCGGUGGCGACGCCGCACGCGCGUAGUUUACGCAGCAUUAAUGUUCCGGGUACCUUAAUUCUGACUGUAGCCUGUUAACGACCAUUUUAAGUUCUGCCACUGUCAGCUCCACGCGUGCUGUGACACAAUUUACCCCACAACAUUUCAGAUUUCUGGGUGACGGGUUGAGUCCUACAGUGAUCGGUACCCGGUGCGGGACGCCGUCGGGGAUUUUGCCUUGAUGUCAGGGCUCUGUACAGCUCGGUGCCCUUUGGGAGGGCUCGGUCACAUUACGUAAUGUAGAAACACGUGCCACGGAAAACGUGCCGGGCAAUGCCAACUCUAGGCAUCACCGCUCAUUUCAGGGGGAUGCGGGGGAUUUUUUUUUUCCUUUUCAACUUUGCUGUGCAUGUGUUGCAAAACAAUUCGGCUUAAUGGGAGGCAGUGGGCAUCACGUGUUGGCUGGCGUGGACGCCGAGCCGACCGGUAGCGUAACGCCGGCAGUCAGCUGGCGUCGGGAACCACACACCACGUGUCAGUGACCUGCGCGACACGACGGUUCCCUUUGUCAUGACGUUGAACAAAAUGCCUUAUUUUAAGCCAUGAUGUAGGAAGUUGUGCAUUAAUUACUGUAUAUAGAUUUAUUUAUUAGGCUUGAAGAGGCUAAAUGCGUUAGACGCCUGCUGUCAUUAUUUAACGCUCUUCUUAAAACGAGGCUUCUAGGCGCUGGGAAUGACCUGUUCUCCAUUUACCUGUAGCCUGCCAACCCAGGGACACCAUCUUUACUCAUAAACCUGCCUUCUUGCCAUAUGUUUGCACCCAUUGUAUAUAUUUGCUCAUAUAGUAUCAGAGUGAUUAUAAAGAGGGCCUAACCCAAAGACGAUGAUUUAAGCAGUUAUGGCUCUAAAAAAAGCAAAAUAAUUCCAACAGCUUCAUGCAUUUUGCAUCAAGAGUGUGUUUAUACAACCAGUCUUCAGUAGUUCACAUUUACCUCAGAUUGCUCGUGGACUUUUCCUCUUCUUCAGGGUGAUGGUGAUAAAACAGAUUUUAUUUUCACAACGGUUAUUUUCUAAUAGAGACGUUCCAACGCAGAGUUGUUAUUGGACAUUUUCAGAUUUCGAACCAAGCCAGACAUUCGUCAGUGCACUGUGUAACUUUGGUAGAGCAGUGAUGUCUGUCGCCCGUGUAGCUGUAACAAGGACGACCGCGUUCCACCAGCUUUUGCUCCUUUAGACGUACGUGGUGGUCAUCACUGUGCAAUGCUGCUGCUCCACAACCUCCUCACGCGGGACCAAAUCGGUUUCAUCCCAGCGUCCGCUACUUCCACAACCUGUGCUUGAAUUACAUCUGUGUUUUUAAAUAAUUCAGGCCGCUCGUCAGGUUUCCCGACUUCACGCACAUUAAAAUGCUGAAACGAUCACAGAACUGAAAAAAGCCACAUUUAAGUUGUCAUAAAAGCUGAUACUACAGACUAUUUAUUGGCAGGAUGCCUUUAAUUCCAACGCUCCCACUGUAAUCUGGACAUCACUUGGCUUUUGUUUACAUCGUCACGGCCUCAGAGGGAAGCUCUCCUUUUAAUGAGGCCAUCAGGGCAGGAUGUGGAUGGAGUCUAUUCCUGUAACCACUUAGUUUUUGGAGCAGUUCCACUGUGGCUCCAUCGGUAAUAGUCACUCCACAACUCUGACAUGGUUUGUGUUAAUGCUGUGCUCCAAGUGAUGGUGUAAAAAAAAGCUGCAGAACGGAGCGAAGGCCAGUGGUCGGUCGACGUUCGCUAGCUCUUCUUGUACAGAUCUGUUCGUUCGGCUCUAAAAUAGGUAACAAGGUGUGAACACGGCAGAGCUUCCUGUGUGUUGUUAAUGAGUGGGUAUUUGCAUAUCGUCUAUGCAACCUGUUCACGCCUCCGUGCAGUGCAAUAUCAGAAACCGCUGCGAACCUGGCGGCGACCGCUGACGUGGGCGCAGAGAGAUGCAUCGCUACCAAAUAAACACUGCCAACACGGAAUGUGGUUUUAAUAUUUCAGCUUUUGACUCGCGGUGGGAUUUGCUUCUGUUUGGGAGCGGCACAGUGUUGGGGCUACUUGACGUAAGAUGAUGCUUUCUCUGUCUUCCAUUCCAUUAGUCUGUCGAGUUUCCACAAUGCAUGUGACGCGUGGACGGUCACUGCUCCGCCGGCAUCUUCCACACCUGCUGGUGUUUCACCAUUAAGCUACUGUAACGAAGGGCUUCGGGUUCGAUUAGACUUUCACCUCAGUGUAUUCACAAACAGUUUGCAUCAGAACUCACUGAUAUUUAGAUAUGUAUGUACAAUGUGUUAAUGUUUCAUAUUGAAUGUCUCUAUUACUGUUGCGUGUUGUGUGUAGUUUGAAUUUUUUGAAAGCAGGACUGACUGUGAGACGCAAAAGGGUAAAACGUUUGCGGUUGUGUGACGCUGCAGGUGGAACUUUGAGAAGCACACUCUUUAACCAAGUCUUUCUCUAACGAGGCUGGUGAGCAAAUAGGCAAUACAGCAAACGCAGUCAGGUCAGAGGUGAGGCUCCAGGUAACAGGGAGGUAAACGCUGAUUUCCCUGAAACAUGCGCAGUCACAGUGACACGGAGCGGCGGCGCGCACACGCUCAGGCCUGUAACACGCCGCGGGUCCGUUCAUGUAAGAGAGGUGGAAGACGGGAAGUGUUUGUUUGUUAUGGGAGGACGGGAUCGAAGGUCUGUUAUUACAGGAGGCACAGAUCACAGAUACGAUCUGGUGUCUCUUAGCUUUUGGCAGAAGCGACGUACGAUUGUAGGUGCUGAGAAUCAGAGCAGGGUUAGUACACUGAGAUGAGGGGACGAAAGAAAAAGUAUAUGUAGAGAUAUAUAUAUAGAGAAAUAUAUAAUAUAUAGAAAUCAAAGCUUCUUUUGUGAAUAGCUGCUAACUGUGGAAAGCCUGAAUCACCUCUCAUUUCUUACCACUGUACGGCACAUAUGUAUGUUUUGGUUUGCGUUCCUGUCAGUGAGGGGGUUUCUGUAAAUCCUGUGCAUGUCGUGUGUUUUAACAUCUGCGGUCAGUGUUAAUCUCUAUCGUAAUCUUUCUCAUUUUCUUCUUUUGCAGUGAAUGUUAACCAUGUUGCAUGUGCAACUGCAACAUGCCAUUAUUUAUGUUUUUUUUUUUUAGUUUUUAAUGUAACCUAUAUUUUGUAAAACAAUGGUUAAUAAAGGCAUCUGUGAUAGAACUCAA